AUGUCUGAAAAUUUAUCAAGCGUAUGCGCAAGAGCAACACUGAAUAAUAUUGUCCUCGAAAUUAGUCAAGGAAGUGUUUUAGAUUUGGAAGUUGAAACAAUUGUCAAUGCUGCAAAUGAGCAGCUUCAAAACUUUGGCGGACUUGCCCAUCAAAUAGUGGAAAGUGGAGGUGAUAUCAUCCAAAAUGAAUGCGAUCAAGCGAUUUCUACCUUAGGGAUUAUUAAAACAGGACAAAUUGUUGAAACUGGAGCAGGAAGUUUGAAAUUUGUGAAAAUAUUGCACACUGUUGGGCCAAGGGUGGAAAAUAAACAAGAAAAUGAAAGACACAAGCAAGAAUUGGUUUCAGCUAUUUAUGAAUCAAUUAUUUACGCUAAUAAUUCCCAACUUAGAUCAAUAGGCAUUCCUGCAAUUUCCUGUGGAAUAUUUGGAUAUCCAGUUGAUAAGGCUGCAAUAAGACAUUUAGAGGCUUUUAUUUUAUAUGCAGGAAUGUUUGUUACAAGCAAUCAACAUAUCUAUAUAAAAAAAAUUGCUUUUAGCUUGUACACAGAAGGGGAGCUCUCUGCAUUUUUAACUGCUUUAUGGCAAAAGCUUGAGGUAUUCGAUACUGUUGAAUAUAUUGGUUCAGCUAAAGAUAGAUCAUACAAGGCAAAUGUCGGAUUUUGCGAAUUAUGCAAUCAAUCAAUAGAAAACAAAGAAGCGUUUAUGAACAUUACUGGACUAUGCUGUGGCAAGAUAUGCAACUUUUGCAUUUUUCAGCACUGCCAAGCAACUUGUCCAUGUGAUCAGUUUCGGUUCCCAGAUGAUGUGAUCGAUAGCUUAUAUAAAUAUAUUUUAUGCCGAAAAUGUUGCAGCUAUAAGCCUAAUUCAGAAAUGGGCUGCAGUUGCAGACAAAUUUGCACAUCUUGUGUCUAUGUCAUGCCUGUUGAUUUCAAUGGUUCAAGGAAGUGCAUCUGUGGAAAUAAAAUUAAAAGCGAAUUAUCAUAA